AUCGCGGACGCGUCAGCGACACGACGGUACACACAGGGGACACCCGGGGUGUUAAACGCUUUCCCCGAGGGUGGGCGGUGUCAGGUUAGGUUCCCGUCCAAGGAGUAACGAGAAGAGCCGCCAAGCUGGCGAGCCUAACGAGCUGCGUGUCGACGAUGAUGGACGACGAGGAGCAGGAGGAGCUCCGUUGCACCGGCAGCGACGUCGAGAUUGAGGAGUACACCGACACCGAGGAGUCGCCAUAUGUCGCUUAUCAGGCCGGCGGCGAUAAGCUGUUCGAUACGACCGAUCGCGAAAAUUGGCAGAAGCUCCGUUUCCUGGCCACCCUCGUGUCCGUCGCGGUAUCAGUUACCGUCCUCGUUAUCAGCUAUCCGCUUUAUCUCGAGAGCGUUGCCUCUGUCUCCAGCGCUUACACAGGACUCCUCUUCACUGCCCUGUGCUCCGCCUGCAUUUUGGGAUUGGUCUACUUUGCCGUGGACAGGGUGUCACCGCCGCCGCCGUUAAUACCGAACAGCAUGCGGAUCAAGAUACCCCGCUGCGGCCUGAUCAAAAUAAGCACUCUGUACGCCCUCUCGGGUAUCCUAAUCACUCUGUCCCUCGAUCGGAACAGGGUGCUGUGCCAUUUGCAGGAUCCGAUAAAGGGCAUCACCCUCGUCUUCUCCCUCGUCUACUACUUCUUCUUUUGUCGGAAAAUGAUGAGCCUGCAGCGAAUAUUCUCGAGCACGACCAUAAUAGUGGGUCUAUUCAUAAGCGUCGAUUACGGUCUCUGCGACGAGUUCCGUUGUCGGGGAAGGGAGGUUUCUUCGCACACGGCUGGCGCCAUGAGGGGAUCCUGGGGCGCCCGGGUGGUUUGGACGUUCGUUUACGUGGGCGCUCUUGCUGCCUUCGCCAUGUUCUUCACCAUGCUCGAACGCCAUUACACCACCGAGCAGCAGAACGUAUGCCAGAUGUUGACAACGCAGCACAGCUCUUUCCUAUACACGGUGUCCCGUCUGGUGUCCUCUCGCGACAUCCGUCGUCGCGGCUCCGAGGAGGAGGGCGGUCGAUUGCUGCACGUGACCGAUCCGGAUCCCACGAUAAAACCGAAAAGCUAUCCCAAGCCGCCGGUGAUGCAAACUCUUUUUUACAUACACGUCAUCGCUUUCUUCGCCAUUCUGACGCUCUGCUGGCUUGACACUUUGCCCGGCGUAGGCAGGGGUCUGUCACCCGUUGAACUCUAUCGUACUGUCGAACGUGGACUGAUGUGUCACUUCAAAGGCGGUAAUCUGUGCGCGAACGUUUCCAGCCAUGGAUGGACUUUCCUAUUCGCUUACGUCGUCUUUGCGAUUUCGAUCCUCAACUUCCUGUCGUUAUGCGAGAGCGCGGUGUUCAGCGUGGCCACCGCGACCGUUUCUCUUCCGCUGUCCGGUAUUUGGUGGAGCAUUUUCAGGAUGGAUAUCGGAGGUUCCAUUACUUGGUCGCCGGGAGUGACGGGCGAGCUGAUCUGCGCCUUGCUCGGUCUUCCUGUCGUGCUGCUCGGUCUGGGCCUGCUGGUCAGAUCGCACUUCAGAGACACCCAGCUUCCCUACCAGACCAUCCAGCCGCCCGACAUCCAGCCGCACGAGGCCUGUCACAGAUGAAUCUCUCUGUAGCACCUAGCCUGGCCUCGUGACGAGGUCGGCAUCACGUGCGGUGAUUCACGGAAAUAAAUUCUGAUCGAUUCGACGGGUGCCGAUGAUAAGCCGUUGCUCUCACGUCGAAUCGAUCGGGACGGAACGAGGUAAACGAGACAAACACCGAGCCGGAAUAAUGUUAUUGUUGUACACUUGACAGAUAUAUUUUGUCAAUUGUUCCCAAAUUGCACCGAUGCUCUUCCUUCGUUCGCGAGGUCACUAAGGUAAAAUGAGAUCUUCGAUUCGGACGCGUUCGUCGAUACGUUUUACGUCGAUUUAUGUGCAAGAGUACAUAUGCAUCGACAAACGGCUGUUGACAUUUGUCAGUUAAUUCUGGCCGUAACGCAAUUCGCUUUUUCUUUUAAGAAAUAAAAUAAUAUUAAAAAAUUAAUUUAAUUCUAUAAAAGAAUAUAAAUACAAAAAAAAUAUAUGUAUAUACAUGGUCUGUCUCAAAAGUAAUGAGACUAUUUUUGGCGGCCCAAUCAGAAUUGUCGGAGGGUGGAUCCAUUGUACUUUUGGUGUGGGAUGCAGUCUGACUCUUCUCAGUUGCCUCCGAGCCUUUCUAGCAGUCGAUACCAACAGCAAAGUGCAUUGUAACUUUUGUGUCUUGUCACAAGCGAAAAUUCAGCACAGUUCGAUCGUAACCAUCAAAUUCUGCGUGAAACUGGGAAAAUCUGAUUCCAAAACGUUGGAGAUAUAUGUUAAGAAUAGCUUAUGAAGACGCUGCUUUAUCUUCAGAAUUUGAUCGCGUAACGCUGCUCAAGACUGUGCUGCAUUUUUUCCCGUGACAAGAAUUACAACGCACUUUGCUGACAGUAUCGACUGCUAGAAAGAUUUGGAAGCAACUGAGAAGGGUCAGAUUGUAUAUCUGACAUCCCGCACCAAAGAUCCCGUCUAAUGGAUUCGCCUUUCAACAAUUCUAAUUUGCCGCCAAAAAUAGUCUCCUUACUUUUGGGAUAGAUCAUGUAUAUAUGUAUAUUAUAAAGAAGAUAAUUAAUUUAUUUUAGAAUAAUUUUUUACAGCAUU